AUGUUUUUUAUUAGAACUGUCGAAGCCGAGAAAAUUACAGUGAAGGAAGGAGUGAGCGAGAUCGAUCAAUGGAGCAACGAAAUAGAAAAGCAUAUAGAAGAAGUAGACCAAACAAUAGGGCUUCUCGAACAGUGGUUAAAUGAUACACAA